AUGUCAUCGUCGAUAAAUCAAUCCACAACCACCGCGGCGCAUUCCCGGGUCGUCGUCGUUGUUGGUUCGGGUCUCGCGGGUCUCUGCGCCUCUUCCGAACUCGUGGCCAGAGGUGUGCCGGUGCACAUAGUCGAACGCCAGCAGAAGCCGGGGGGAAAUUCGAUUAAGGCGUCGAGCGGCAUCAAUGGCGUGCCAACCAGGUUUCAAGCCCAGGGGUCGGACACCGUGGCGGCAUUCUACAACGACACACUGAGGUCGGCUGGUGCGAGUUUAAGUGCCUCAAAGACGGAAGCGAGGCAGAAGCUCAUUGCUAAGCUGACCACUUCUUCUGCGGAGGCGAUCAAUUGGCUCGUGGAUGAAAAGGGCAUCGACCUGUCUCAUGUCGCUCAGCUGGGUGGCCAUAGUCAUCCUCGAACACAUCGUGGAGCAGGACCCUCGCCACCCGGGGCCAGCAUUGUGCUGACACUGCUGAAACAGCUUCAAGCCAGUUCCCUCGUGACGCUCCAGACCGACACAACCGUCACAAAGAUCCUGAAGUCGGAUGGGGGCGAGGUUGUAGGAGUGCAGGUGUCCCAAGACGGCAAGCCGGAGAAGACGAUCGAAGGGCCGGUGAUAUUCACCGCUGGUGGCUUCGCAGGCGACUCGUCGGGUCUCCUCGCUCAGUAUCGACCAGACCUCGAGGGGUUCCCAUCCACCAAUGAAGCGCUCCCGGGAUCUCAAGCCUUGUUGACGGACCUCGGCGCACAUCUGGUCGAUAUGGAACAAGUCCAGGUCCACCCCACGGGAUUCGUGGACCCGAAGGAGCCAUUCAAGCGGACAAAGUUCCUGGCAGCCGAACUCCUCAGGGGCGAAGGUGGGAUCCUCCUCCGGCAGGGCCGGAGGUUCAUCAAUGAGUUGAGACUGAGGAAACAAGUUACGGAUGCCAUCGUGGCACAACAGCCUCCAAACGACUUACAGCCUACCAAGCAGUGGGAGAUCCAGAUUAUGUUGGACGAAGCCACGUACGCGGUCGCAAAGUCCCAUGUCGACUUUUAUAUCUGGAAGGGACUGAUGCGGAAGUCAACAAUAUCAGAGCUGGAGCAUUCAGAUGCGACUCUAGAGACGAUAAAAGAGUAUGCUGCAACUGUGCAAGGCAAACAGCCCGACCUCUUCGGUCGAUCGUCAUUUGGGCACUGGGCGCUGCAAGAUCCAAGGCCAGACUCGACGGUCUACGUCGGCACCGUCACCCCAGUCGUCCACUAUACCAUGGGGGGAGCCAUAUUCUCGCCCGAAGCAGAAGUCCUGGAUGGGGGCGGAAACCCAAUUAAGGGCCUGUGGGCUGCGGGAGAGUCUACAGGCGGCAUCCAUGGAGAGAACCGGCUCGGUGGAAGCAGCCUGCUGGAGUGUGUGGUGUUUGGGCGUGUUGCAGGUCGAAAUGCUGCAAAGUUCUUGGGAGCGUAG